GUUCCGAGCAGCGCUCGGCGCGGCAUUACGCGUGUCUCGAAUUAGAACAUCCAGAUAAUUACCAGGUUUGCGAAGGAACGCGCCGCUUCUCGUCGCGUAGCGUCGCGUCGCGACGCGAGGGUGAUGGCGCUGACGCGAUCGAGCAUGCACGGGGGUGCAGCGCGCGCCGUUCGUUCCGUUUUGCGCGAAUGCGAACGCGAUUGCUGGUAAAAACGCAAAGCUUUUGUUCCGUGUCUCAGGUGGGGUGGCUCCGGAUGGAGGAUCAGACGAUAUUGUCGAUGGGUCAGCAAAAAGUGACCCACUCGCCUCGAUUCCUCGUCACGCUGGAGAACGCGAAAACGAAGAAUCAGAGCCAAUCGAGGGACGAGGAGGAGGCCACUUCGCGGCUGCAUAUUCGACAGCUCCGGGAAGCUGACCGAGGCUGCUACAUGUGCCAACUGAACACGAAGCCCAUGUUGAGCCAGCUGGGAUGCGUGGAUGUCCUAGUUCCGCCGGAUAUACUGAGCUCCGGGACGUCGGAGGGUGAGGUCUCCGUUCAGGAGGGCGAAAACGCGACCCUCUCGUGCAACGCCUCUGGAAGACCGCCACCUCGUGUGCACUGGCGACGCGAGAAUCCGCUGAUAUCAGGGGUCAACCAGUCCGGCGAGAAACUGGAAUUCACCAGGGUGAACAGGAAGCAAAUGGGGGCUUAUCUUUGCAUAGCCAGUAACGAAGUGCCUCCGGCAGUCAGCAAGAGAGUCUCCCUAAGGGUAAAUUUCCCACCCAGCGUGAAGGCGUCCAACGAUUUCCUGAGCUCCCCUCUGAACACGAACGUGUCGCUGAUUUGCUUGAUCGAGGCUUAUCCGAAGACGAUCAACUUGUGGACGAAGCAGGGUCAAGUGAUCAUGAGCGGCGGCAGAUACGAGAUCAACGAGCGGGGAGACCCGAACGAGGAAUGGAAGACAACGAUCGAGCUCAAGAUAAAGCGGCUAGAGAAGAACGAUACGGGAGCCUACACGUGUUCCGCGUCCUCCAGCAUGGGGACGGCCCGAGCCGUCUUUAGGGUGCACGAGUACGAGCAGGAGACGCCGACCACGCGAGCCAGCAGCCCGGCGAACGCGAAGAAACCGAGCAAGGCGAAGUCCAAGUUCGCCCAAGCGAGCACGAUCAACCGGGUUUUCCACCAGAUGAGCACGCCCGCGAUGCAGAAGAGCACCGCGAGGAUCGUUCACGGGAAACAGCGGAGCACGACGACCACGCCGGACCCACGGGCGCCCUUCAUCAAAGACGAAAACCUGUUCAAGAGCCGCGAGAAACCGAACGCGGCCGGGAACAGCCGGGCCGACGCGACGCCGCCGAUCGACGCUCGAAUCUGCGCGUUCUGCAUGAUCCUUUACUUGAGCCUGCGAUAGACUCUCGUCGCCCUGUACCGCAGGCGUCAGGAAAGAAACGUACUCGACGGACUCGGACAACGGUCUCUCCCCCGAGUCCGCGUCAUCCGCAGCCGAACGCGAGGAACACGCGCAACCACCGCCUUCCGACCGCGUUUCCAACCGCGUCGUUCCCGAACGAAACGAUCGGGAGGAGAGAAGUCGCGAACUGGGAAGUUUUCAUUGAACUUACCGGACUGGAAGUUGCUUCCAUUGCGUUCCGCGAUCACGAGGCGCGAUCACAGCCAAGCUCCUUCGGCGACGACACACCGAGCAAAUCGAUCUCUCGAGUCGCGGGCCAAAACCGUUGACGAAAACUGUUGCAAAUUUUAAGAGAUAAACGCUUACGAGGGUAUUUUUUAUGAGCCUUUUGUCCGUUUCUGAACGCGGAAGAAAGAACGAAAGAAGAAGAAAUAGAAGAAGAAGAAGAAGAAGAAGAAGAAGAAGAAGAAGAAGAAGAAGAAGGAGAAAAGGGGGAAAUCGUGAGCGGGACGUGUUCGUCGGUUGGACUGAAUGUUGUAACGUUGUCGAAUAUUUUUUUAAGCGAGACGAAAGAAUGGGGAAGGAGGCCAGGAUUUUCAAUUGAAACUCUGAUUUCACGUUUGUCGGGUUACUAGAUGUUACGAUGUGAUUUUUAUAAUGUUAGCGUCGGAAGCCUUACCACAUGCAGGGUGUCUAUCUCAAGUGGGCCACCAGUGUCAUUCACGAGGGAAUCGUGCGAAAACACGAGGAUAUGAUAUCUGAAACACGGACAUUUCUGAAAUUAUGGAAAUUAUGGAAAUUAUGGAGAUCACGGAAAUUACGGAGAUCAUGGAAGAGUCAUGGGGGGAAAAGAAAUCGGAAUACCGUGGACCGAUCACUCGCGUUUGCAUUUUCAAAUUAUUUCAACAAUGGCAGUGGCGAUCCAGUUCGAAUGAACAGCCCCUAAUAUGUAUGUAUACCGUUACGCUGUUACGUGAUAAUUAUUGUCAACGAUUAAUUAAGUAUCUCUACCAUUUCCCGUAAGGUUCGCGCCGUGCCGCGCGGGUCGACCCGUCUUAAGCAACUAUUCGAUUACACUCGAACGCAGACAAAUAAUUAGCAUACUAAUUUGUACGUAAGGGAUAAUAAGAUACGUUUGUUCAACGGUACGAUAAAGAAGGGAACCGGGAUCGUGUAAGUGACAACUCGAUGAAUGUAAACGAAUCAUAUCUAAGCCAGAUUCAUAUCCGUAGGGCGUAUAGUACCGUAUACUGUAUAUUUUAGAAAGAUACUAGACCCUACUUUCAUUAUUUUCUGUAUUUUUUUAAUUACCCGUAGCCAGAUAACGUACCUCAUAUGCCAAUAAUUAAACGAGACCACGAUAUAAACGUAAUCGGCGUGGUUCACUGCGAGGAAUCCGUGAAUCGCCGUGCAUAGUUCGGAUAGUUCGAUCGAGUGACUGACCGAGGCGUCAGUGGUACACAUUUGUUUUCUGUAUCGCGGAUCAUAUCGGACGCGCGAGACAUUUACCUGAAAUAAACGAUUACUUGCUAGUUUCAACAAAUCUAGUACAACUUGUAUUUUUCAUUCGUACGUGCGUUUAUUUCUACGCGAGCGGACACCGCGCCAACAUGUUACGCCGCGAUCUAUUCUACUUACACCCGAGUAUAGUUUGCUUUUAAGGAAUCGACAAUAAGUGUUCCUAAUAACAGAUUGCGGUUUCGAAUGGUCUUUUUCUUUUUUAAUGUUCCUCGCAAAACCGCAAACCAUAUCUCGCUCUGUAAUUAGGAUCGAUGUGCAAAAUGGUGCUAGUAGAGAAGCUUGGCAGUCCUCGUUAGAUUAGAUUUUCCAACGGAGGAAGUCGAAGCUUUCUACUGAUAUUGUGCAAUUCUCGUGAAUGUCUUCUAUUACAGAGAAGUAUAGGUUUUAGUCGCAGUGCGUGGUAUAUUGUCUUCGGAAUAGUAGCAUAUCCGUGAAGUAAACAAACGAAAUCGCAUACGUUAAAUAUACCUAUUUAACAGAUACUGUAUAUCAUGAAACACUGCUCAAUAUAACGACUUUACAAUAACUAUAUUAAAAGAAUGUUGUUGUUUAUAGGAGAAAAAUAUAUUAUGAAAAUACGAAAAGAACAAUGUGCUCAAAUUGGAUAAUUAUAUAGCUUUGGAGGAAAGGACAUGUUGACAAAUAAAAUAUACCAUGCAACCAGCACAGACAUCAGUUUCUGUUUACCUUCACUGUACGUUAAGUUUACUUUUGUC